UCAGUUUUUGUUUUGGAUUGUUUUGUCUCUUCCGCCGUUUGAUCAUGCCUGAGCCAGCCAAGUCUGCUCCUGCGCCCAAGAAGGGCUCAAAAAAAGCGGUGACUAAGACGCAGAAGAAGGGCGACAAGAAGCGCAAGAAGAGCCGCAAGGAGAGCUAUUCCAUCUACGUCUACAAGGUGCUCAAGCAGGUCCACCCUGACACCGGCAUCUCCUCCAAGGCCAUGAGCAUCAUGAACUCCUUCGUCAACGACAUCUUCGAGCGCAUAGCUGGAGAGGCGUCCCGCUUGGCCCACUACAACAAGCGCUCCACCAUCACCUCCCGCGAGAUCCAGACAGCCGUCCGCCUCCUCCUGCCGGGAGAACUGGCCAAGCACGCCGUCUCGGAGGGCACCAAGGCCGUCACCAAGUACACCAGCUCCAAGAAACCACAGUUAUAACUUGCAGUAGAAGCACCUUCCAGAUGCCUUCUUUUAAAAAAAAAAAAUAGUAUCGAUCAGGUUGCACAGGAGAACAGCCAAAGGAAAACGAUUAAUUCAACAAUAUUUACUCAUGGAAGAGAGAAGAGGAAAAAUGCUCAAAAUGGUGGUGAUGAUCUUGUGCGCAGACACUUGAGCCAUAUCCUAAAAUACAUCUUUCAUGGGACAAGUGUGAAGAUGGUUGAUAAGGAGAAUUAGUUUCAUACCUUCAACUGCAAGUCUUCACUUGAAAAGUAGAGAUUUACCAGAAUUGACCAACCUAGACAAUGGCCUUCGGGAGUUGUUUACCAGCCGAAAUACAGAGCCUGGAUAGCUCAGUCGGUAGAGCAUCAGACUUUUAAUCUGAGGGUCCAGGGUUCAAGUCCCUGUUCAGGCGAUUGCUUUUUAUUUUUAUUUUCCUUUCUCAAUGCUUUGUUCUUACCUUGGGGCACUGUCUCUGCUCAACAUGCGAUCCGUUUCUGAUAAGGACUAUGAAGGCCAAGGAGUGCAGAUAUAUAAUGAUUAAUUUGGGGGCUUGGAAUCAUAGUAUUCUGCUGUUUCUUCUCCUUGUUAAAUAACAUUUUUGCUUUAGUUUACCUAUGAAGCUUUAAUUUGCAAACAGACUGCAUUUGGAUGGGAAUUUAGAGAAUUCAGACAGCAUAUUUUGAUUUGCUUUUUUUUUUAACCACAGCUGUUUUUUUUUAAUUAAAUAACUUUUCUUUUAAGUGCCUAAGGUUCAAAAUCCUCGCUUUGGGGACGAUUCCACUCUGGUAAAAAUGCAGGAGAUAAAUUUUACUAAUAAAUAAAUAAAUGUACAGAGAUGCUUAUGAAAACCAGCAGAGAUAAUCUGAAUUCGUUUUGGAACCCUGCAGAGUUGACCAGUACUGCUGCUCUAAACAGAUAAUAUGAAAUAUCUGGCAGUAUUUUAAGUUUUUGAUUGUGUAUUACAGUAUCUUUGCCGUAUAAUAUUUUAGAUAAACUUGUUGGUUAACUGCAACGUAUUGACCAUCUGCCAUGUUUUAUUGAUUAUCCUUUUCAUUAUCCGUAUCACAUUUUCUAUAUAGCCACUGAUAGAGUUAUUUGAGCUAUGGCAAAUCUAGGC